CCCCAGAUUAGUGAUCGUAAUCAUUCGGAAGCUUUUCCACAGGCAAACAGUCACUUGCCAGCCGUCUACACACUCAGACCAAUUAAAAAACAGUGUUCUUUCAAUCCUACAUCGAGAUCGCCAGCAAGAUGCGCUCUCUUUGGCUGCUGCUCGGCUUAGGGCUGCUGGCUUUGAUCCAGGUCCAGGCCUCCUCGGAAGUUAACGAGCUGUUGGAUGAUCUCGACCUGUCCGAUAUCGACGAGAACGAGGAAGAGUUCCUGCGCCUGCUUGAGGAGAAGAACCAGAUCUCAGAUGUGACGAGGGAGAACGAGAUUGCCCACAAGCUUGCCGAGGUUCAGCACAAUUUGCUCAAUCCUGUUGUGGAGGAGGAUCUCUGCGAGAGGAUCCACUGCGGAGCCGGCCGCAUCUGCCAGAUGCACGACGAGAAGCCCCAGUGCGUGUGCAUUCCGGAGUGUCCCGAGGAGUUGGACACCCGCCGCCUAGUGUGCACCAACACCAACGAGACCUGGCCAUCGGAUUGCUCCGUCUACCAGCAGCGCUGCUGGUGCGACAGUGACGAGCCCGGUUGCACCAAAAAGGACAACGCCCACAUGCACAUCGAUUACUAUGGAGCCUGCCACGAGCCGAGGUCUUGCGAGGGUGAGGAUCUCAAGGACUUCCCCAGGCGCAUGCGCGACUGGCUGUUCAACGUGAUGCGGGAUCUGGCCGAGCGCGAUGAGCUGACCGAGCACUACAUGCAGAUGGAGCUGGAGGCGGAGACCAACAACUCCCGCCGCUGGGCGAACGCUGCGGUUUGGAAGUGGUGCGAUCUCGACGGCGACACCGACCGCUCCGUCUCCCGACACGAGCUGUUCCCCAUCCGUGCCCCGCUGGUCAGCCUGGAGCACUGCAUCGCCCCAUUCCUCGAAUCAUGCGACUCCAACAAGGACCAUCGCAUCACCCUGGUAGAGUGGGGUGCCUGCCUGGAGCUGGAUCCUGAGGAUCUCAAAGAGCGCUGCGACGACGUCCAGAGGGCCCAGCCACAUCUUUUGGGCUAAACUGACACCCCUAUACUCUUCUAUAAUGCAUUAAGCAGUUUCUUCGUGCUUGCGAAAAUGCCUACUUUAGAAAGUUUUUAUCUUAUAUGCUCAGUGUUAAAUGAAAUAAAGGAUAAAAUCUUUAAAAAAUCUG